AUGGAGAAUAUUAUCAAUGUUAAUAAUAAUUUACAAUUUCCUGAUGGUAUGAGAGUUUUAGUUGUUGAUGAUAGUCCUGUUUGUCUCAAAUACAUCGCCGCCCUUCUUCUCAAAUGUCGUUAUCACGAUAUAAUGUUCACAGAAAAGAAAAGCUCAAGAGAAGCAUUAAUGUUGCUUAAGCAAAAUGAGAAUAAGUUUGAGAUUGUAGUCACAAAUGUUCAUAUGAAUGAAAUUGAUGGGUUUAAGCUUCUAGAAGCCGGACUGGAACAUGAUAUUCCGGUGAUAAUGACAUCGGCAAGUGAUGAGAUGGAGAUGAUAAAGAAAGGUGUCAGGCAUGGUGCUGUAGACUUUUUAGUCAAACCUGUUGGUUUAUGUGAGAUUAAGAACAUUUGGCAACAUGUGUACCGAAAAUAUCUCCCUACUAAAACAUGUAAACACGACGAUGAAGAUGAAGAUGAUGACAUUGUUGGUCUUAACGUCGUUCACGAAAACAAGAAAUCAAGCAAAAAACGUAAGAAAAGUCGUGAUGCAUUAGAGGAAGUUUCGAAAAGGGAAAGAAUCCGAUGGACUCAACCUCUACACGAUAAGUUUUUGGAAGCAGUAGCGAAACUUGGAGGGGCUGAUGAGGCGGUUCCUAAGAAGAUUUUGGAAAUGAUUGGCGAUCAUCAACUUACUCGAGAAAACAUCGCGAGUCAUUUACAGAAGUAUCGAAAAACCUUUAAGAAAAAUUACAUGGGCGCAGAUAACAGGAAGUUGAAUGAUACUACUGUUAGUUCUGCCGAUACUGCUACUGAUGCUUCGUCUUUGCUGAUUUCCGUUCCAAAUCAGAUUGCUCCCGAUUUGAUGUAUGUGGGGUGUUCGGGAUCUACACUCGUUCGUUAUCAACAUCCUAAUAUGAACAAUGAAACAAGUACAAGGGGACUGAUUUGUGCACCUGCACCAGCAAAUUGUGCACAACAUCAGCAGAGUAAUUGGCUUCCACAAGCAGUACAACCAUUACAAUUACAGCCCAUUUUGCCGAAUCAGGUUAUGCAGCAUCAAUCUAUGAUGCAUUUUCGGGGGAAUUUGGUGGCCGGUAAUAGUUUUGCUCAGCUGAAUAAUCAAACACCGCAACAACAAUAUGCAGGGAUGCGGGUGCCAAAUAAUGCAUCGACGCUAACUGCUGUUUCGAACGAGAAUUUCUCAGCGAUGGGCUGCUUUAGUAGCGCGGAUUGGCUUUUUGAUGAGUUUGAUUAG